AUGGAUUCUAGGGGAAAGGACGUUGAUGCUAGAGAGGAGAAUGAUGUAGGAGCCACUAGUGUGCAAGAGAUCAAUACCUCCACUCUACUGUGGGGUUUAGCUUGUGUUGACCCACUCGUAGCAGAGAGCUGGGUGCAAGAGAUGGAUAAAAUGUUGGCAGUGUUAUCUUGCACUGAGGCACAGAAGGUUCUCUUCGCUACCUUUAAGCUAACAGGGGAGGCCGAGCGCUGGUGGCAAGCAGUAAAGCUGUUAGAGGAACAGCGGGCAGUACCCACAAAUAUGACUUGGAGUCGAUUUAAGGAACUUUUCUAUGAUCGAUAUUUCCAUGCUACCACCAGGGCUGCGAAGGCAGAGGAAUUCUUUCACCUGAAUCAGGGGCAACUUACUGUGCAGCAAUACGCUGCGAAGUUCAUGGAGCUCUCUCUUUUUGCACCUUUUAUGGUUCCAUAUGAGUUCCAGAAGGCGAGAUGGUUUGAGAGGGGAUUGAAACCAAGAAUUCACAAGCAAGUGGAAGUUUUGAAGGUACAAAACUUUUCAGAACUGGUGGAUAGAGCCACCGUGGCAGAAUUGAGUCUGUAG